CCGGAGGGAUGGGCACCUCCAGGCAUGAAGCCGCCCAGUGGUGAACGCGCACAAGGUGGUGCUGUGCAAGGCUCAGGUGCACAAGGUGAAGGUGCACAAGGUAAUGCCUAUCCUGGGAUGUUUCUUAUGGUUGAGGAUGUGCAUGGGCAUGAGGGUGAUGUGGGAUCUGUGGGAAAGGUUGUGAUGCACCCUCUCACGCACUGGGUGAUUGAUUCAGGUUGCACCAGUCACAUGACCCCACGGGCAGAUUUGCUUGAUGAGGUAAAACCCCCUGGGAAGAUCAAGUAUGUGGCAGCAGCGUCAGGUGCUUUGCUCCCCGUGAUUGGUGUUGGGAAUGCCAAGGUUAAGGGAGCUAAUGGGGAGCUUGUGGGGCUUGGGAAUGUUCUGCUGGUUAAAGGCUUGUCUGCUAACCUUCUCUCUGUGCGGCGACUGCAGAAGAGUAAGGCCGAAGUGACCUUUGGACCAACCAGCUGCCGUGCUAAGCUUGGGAAGAAGGUGCUGUGGAAUUCUUGAACUUUGAUUGAACCUUUGAGAUUGAGU